AGCUGUUGGAAAAGGAAAAAAAAAGAGGAAUGAAAAACCAGAAAUCAGUCGCGUAAUAAGUAAAGUGAAAAGGUUUUUUUUUUUGUGUAAUUUAUAUAGAAAGUUAAUUAUUGAAAGUUAUCAAAAUAUUAAUUUAAAUUUAUUAAAAAGAGGAAACGAAAAUAACAAUGGCAACUAGAAAGAAAUCUCUUUUGAAAGUUAUUAUCCUUGGCGAUAGUAGUGUUGGUAAAACAUCGUUAAUGAAUCAAUAUGUUAGCAAACGUUUUACAAAUUCAUAUAAGGCAACAAUUGGAGCUGACUUUUGUACAAAAGAAGUUGUUGUGGAUGAUCGUGUCGUAACAAUGCAGAUUUGGGAUACCGCCGGCCAAGAACGUUUUCAAUCUUUGGGUGUAGCAUUUUAUCGAGGAGCUGAUUGUUGUGUUUUAGUUUAUGAUGUUACAGCUCCAAAUUCAUUUAAGAAUCUUGAUUCUUGGAGAGAAGAAUUUUUAAUACAAGCCGGUCCAAAAGAUGCUGAUCAUUUUCCAUUUGCUGUUUUGGGCAAUAAAGUUGAUUUGGAAAAUCGGCAGGUUUCAACAAGAAGAGCUCAACAAUGGUGUCAAUCUAAAAAUGAUAUUCCUUAUUUUGAAACUUCAGCUAAGGAUGGUCUUAAUGUCGAAUUAGCAUUUCAAACAAUUGCGAAAAAUGCAUUAGCUCAAGAAGCAGAUGUUGAAUUAUACAAUGAAUUUCCUGAUCAAAUUAGACUUAAUUCUGACCGUAAUAAUCGACCCAGAAAUAAUGAAAAUUGUCAAUGCUAAUAAAUUACUACUAACUCUAUAUCUUAAAAAAAAUAUGUUUAUAUACAAAAGAAAAAUUAAAAAAAAAAGUAAUUUUAAAUUGUAAUAUUAAAAUAAUUAAAACUUUAUAAAUAAAUUUAAAAUUAAAAAAAAAAAAAUUAUAUAUUUAAAAAAAAAAAUUAAAAUAGGAAAAAAAAUUAAAAAAAAAAAACUAUGUGAAUUCAAGUUAUUCAUAAAAAAGGAAAAGCAAAAUAUUCAUUAAAGUGAAAUAAAAACUCUAAUUUUAUUAUAAUUACAAAAAAUAUAUUAUAUACAUACAUAAAUAUAAAUACUAGUUAAUUAAGAAUGAAUUAAAAUCAACCGAUUUUGUUUUUUUUUUUUAAUUUAAAAGAAUUAAAACAUUUUUUCUUUGGUAAAGUUCAAGAUUUUUUUUUAUUUUCCAUACAUAUAAAAAAUAUUUCUUUCAUUGCUGUUAUAUAAUUUAGAAAUAUCUAAAUCAAUAAACAAAAUAUUUUUGGUGCUUCUUCUUUAACAAAAAAUAAUUAUUAUGAAAAUUUCAUCAAAAUGGUACUAAUCUCAAAGACAAAGAAUUUAGCAUAAGGUGAAUAUAGGUGUAAUCGAUAAUGUCAAAUGUCGGUCAACAAGAAUUAAAUCUGACGAUCACCAACUACUAAUUUAUUAAUAAUUCGUAUACAACUUUUGCAUGCAACCAGUUGACAACUGCUUCAGCGAUAAAUUAUUUUUAAUUUGAAUAUUUCUAAAACUGAAUUCGAUUUUUGUACUAAAUUACUUGAAAAUCCUCUUCAAAAUUUUCCAUUUCGCACAGAAAACAAAAUCAGCAGUUAAAAUUUUUUAUUACAAAAAUGCGAAAAAAUUUAACGUUAUGACUGACAAUUAAAUUGUGGCAUUUGUUUUUUGCUUUAUCGGUUACAUUACAAAUGCAGAAAUCUGUUGACAAACAUUACACAAAAAUUUUGCAAUACUUUUCUUAACAAAAGCAUUGUAACUGCAAUCGAUUAUCUCGAUUAAGAUGCAAAAAAGAGCUCAACGCGUAUUUCACAUUAUCGAUUAUAACUUGUAAUGCGAAAUAAUUUGCAAAAAAUGUACGUUCGUUUUUUCUUUCUCAAUGCCUAUGUAAAUAUAUUUUUCCAAAAAAAACGUAAAGCAGAAAAGUAAGAAAUUUUUCAAUAGUAUUUCAAUUAUAAAACAAUAUUCAUCAAAAACAUACAUCAAAAAAAUCAAUUAAAUAUCUAGAAAAAUAAUAUAGAUAAAAACAAAUUUUGAUCUUGAAACGCUCUGCAAAAUUAAAUUAAAUUUCCAUACCGAUCGUUCUAAUAUUACAGUUAAUAUAUGUAGUUAAAUAAUUCGAUUAAGAAUAUUUUUAAUAAAUACUUGAGUUACGAUAAAUUCCUAACAUUUUAAAAUUUUGCUUAUUGAAGUUUAUUUUAAAUAAUAAUUUAUACUUCAAUAAUAAAUUAUGUUUUCUUAAAUAAAUCAUAUUUAAUGA